GUGGGCGCGGCUUGAGGUGAAACAGAUCGCAGCCGGAAAAACCGCUAUCAGCUAGCUAAUGUUAGUGCGCUACUUCCUCUUUCCAAAGCAGUCGUUGCUGACUCGUUUUGCUGCUGGGUUUGCAGUAAUAGAAGCAUCCGAUUCAAUGAGAACUUCUGCAGCAGAGGACAGGGGACACUCCCAGCAUUCACAGCAAGACUGAGAGAUUAAUCAGUUGCUGGACCAAUCACAAGAUGGACUAACCAUCAACACUCUCAUCGACCCCCCUCCCCUUCCCUGCCCCCUCCCCCCGACCCCUUAUCCCCCACCUGUUGGGCCUUUAGGGGCUGUCAGACAGCAGGCGCGAUGCCAGGCGGCCCACUAUGGCGCUUCGUGUCACCUUUCAGCACCCGCCAGGAGCGAGUGGUGCUGGCUCGCAGCGAGAGCCUGCCAGGAGAGCAGGUGCUAAAGAUCACAGUCACAGAGACUACAGUGAUCGAGGCGGAGUCAGGGGUGUGGAAUUGGCGCUCCAUGACCUACCUGAGCCUCUGGUACUUCUUCAGCUUCUGCACGUUGUUCCUCAACAAGUACAUCCUGUCACUGCUGGAGGGGGAGCCCAGCAUGCUGGGUGCUGUUCAGAUGCUCUCCACCACUGUCAUAGGCUUCCUAAAGAUGUUUGUGCCCUGUUGCCUGUACCAGCACAAGUCUAGAACCGAGUACCCCCCCAACUUCAUCAUGAUCAUGCUGUUUGUUGGACUCAUGAGGUUCACCACAGUGGUUCUGGGCUUGGUGAGCCUGAAGAAUGUGGCGGUGUCUUUUGCAGAGACAGUGAAGAGCUCAGCACCCAUCUUCACUGUCAUCAUGUCCAGGCUGAUCCUUGGGGAGUACACAGGCCUGUGGGUGAACCUGUCCCUGUUCCCUGUCAUGGCCGGCUUGGCUCUCUGCACAGCCACGGAGAUCAGCUUCAACAUGCUCGGCUUCUCCGCCGCUCUCUCCACCAACAUCAUGGACUGUUUGCAGAACGUGUUCUCCAAAAAACUGCUAAGUGGAGACACAUACAGGUUCAGCCCUCCAGAACUGCAGUUCUAUACCAGUGCAGCAGCAGUCAUCAUGCUUAUACCUGCCUGGGUGUUCCUCUUGGACAUCCCAUUGAUUGGGAAGAGUGGGCGGAGCUUCAUCUGGAGUCAAGACAUUAUCUUGUUGCUGAUUUUCGACGGCACCCUGUUCCACCUGCAGAGUGUCACUGCCUAUGCUCUCAUGGGACGGAUUUCCCCAGUUACCUUCAGUGUUGCCAGUACUGUCAAACACGCCCUGUCUGUUUGGCUGAGCAUCAUUGUGUUCAGUAACCAGAUCACUGUCCUCAGCGCCACUGGUACUGUCCUUGUGUUCAUCGGGGUCUUCUUGUACAACAAGUCCAGGCAGAUCCAGAGGCAAACUUUACAAGCCACGGCUGCUGAGCAGAAUCACAAACCUCUAUUGCAGGACCAGAACUUCCAAGCCUCACAGUCUCAGUGAGGACCCAGCCUUUAAGACUAACAUGCUGCCUGAAAAUGGGAUUAAGGUAUUAACAAAAUUCAGUUUGUCUUACUUUGACUGUACAGACUGGAUGACUUGAUAUUUGUUCUUCACCUUGCCCACAUUCCAGUUAAACAGGACGCACUCAUGUUUUUCCAUGUUCCAUUUAGUGUCACUGUUGUGUCUUAAAGCUUAAAGUAAACUUUGGUGACUGGCUUGGUAAAUGUCUGUGUCUGUUUGACUCAGCCGUCACUAGUCCUGUGGAACGGUAUAUAAAGUAUGGCCCUAACCUUACAUUCUUUAAACAUCCAUGAUCCUUUGAUUUGUCUUAUAUCUGUCAAUAAAAAUGGAAGCUCAGGGCGUCCUUCAGCUUUUUGAAGGAAGUGACUUCUGUAAGCUUUUGCAGUAGCAUUCCAGAGUGUGCUGGUUUAUCUGUCAUCUGUGGUGCAGCAGCUGCUGAAUGUACGCUAUUGUGAAUAUCUGUAAAGCAUGAAAGCUGUAAGAUUUUUUUAUUUUGUGACAGUGUUCACUGUAUCAUACAAUGUAAAUUUUAUCUUGAUUGCAUCUGAAUAUAAGAUGUGAAUAGGGCACCGGUGCCUGAGACGGGAGCCCUUUGGAGGCACAUUUUUAAACAAUGUGUGGAAGCCACAUACUGCAUUCUAGGAAUGCUCAUCCUCUAUCAUGAGCUGCAAGUGUAUGUAGAGGUUUAUGUUUGUGCAUUUUCUUAUUGAUUUACUUUGGUAAUUGAUUCCCCCCCAAUGCAUUCAGGCAAAGGGCAUUAGAGAAUGAAUGGAUCGAUGAGCUUCUGUAUAUUACACGUUUGUAAUCUAAUAAGAAAAAUGACUUUUUGAAAGUUAGGUUUUAUUUUCGUAGCUCAGCCCAUCUGUCAGAUGAUCAAACAGGCUUUAAACACACCAAACAAAGUAAACAUAAAAUAAGAAGGCAAACUGUAGAAUGAAUACACAACCUGUUGUAAACAUCCAACAGUUUACAACACUUCCUGGUUCAUCUUUCACCUACAAUUCUUAUCAUAGUUGUUCGCACGUUGUUUUCUUGCACAAUGAGGAAUUAUUAGCAACAUUACACAUGAGCUCACUCAUGGUUCUUAUGGGAAUGUAUGUGGCAUAGCGGUCUGCUUGUUGCUUUUGUUUCUUGCCCCGUUGGAUUUUUUUUAUCAGUGUCGCCAUGUUCCAAGAUCUCAGGUGAAGUUUUCCUUUAAACAAAAAAGCUUUAUACCACAUGCAUCAAACCCUUGUUCAUUUAUACUUGUAGGAUUAAAUGUAAAAGCUAUGCCACUGGUGAACGUGUCAUCCCUGUGAGCCAUCUUGUGUUUGUUGCUGCUUUUAAACCUACAUCAGCUGUUUAUGAAUACGUUCAUGAUAAGAGCUAUGACCACAUUGCAGUUUAAAUUCAAUAAGUUUCAUUUCCGUCCUUGUAUUUCAGCGUCUAUAGUGAAUGCAAAGUUUCUUCCACAGAUGUCUUUCCUCUAGAGGAACAAAUUAGUGCCAAAAACAGCUGCAUGGUGCCCUUAAUCUCACAUGUAAAUGAAUCUUAUUCUUACCAGACUGCUUCAAUCAGUGCAAGGACCUGUCAUCGUCAGUCUGACACUCAGUUUGCUUUUUUGGUAAGCAUUUUAGUAAAGCUCUACUUUUGCUGCAGUUUUUGUGCCUCAAGAAGCAGUUUUUUUUCUCUCUUGAAUUCGACCAUAAGGUUUGUCUGACUUGUGAUUCUACGUGGUAAUUUCUGUUUUGAGAAUUUGUUUCUCUGUAAAGUAAAAAGCAGGCGUGGGUUUAGAUUUAAUAUUGAGAUCCUAUGAAUAUAUCUUUUUACACUGAUCUUCCAUAUUAAGUCUUUGAAAGGCUGCUUCAAGAGGCAAGUUCCAACAUGCAGUUCAGAAGUGGAGUGUUGAGGUAGAAGAUCAGUUAUGAGCUGUAUGUUUGGGAAUGUGCAAAUCAGAUGGACAAAUUAUUGACUUAUGUAUCUCAGUGAGUAUGUAAUGACAUUUGGUGGAAAAUAAAAAAUGUUUUCUCUGCA